GGACACGGGAGAAGAAGACGCAGCGGAAAACAAAGCCAUUUCUGCUAAAAAAAAAAAAUCCCGAUUUUGCCAAAUUUUAUAAUCUUCAAAAGCCUCAAACGAUUGGAGUCGGGAAGGAUCAUCAAUAAAGGAAUAGAAAGCAAUACAACCUUUUCUCGCGAUGGCUGAGGAGGCAGCUGCUGAACAUGGUCCAAAGGAUGAGGAAGAUGAGGACCAGGAGCCAGAAAGUAAAACAACAGAACGGAAAGGGCCUGUCGCUUUGGAAAAUGCAUCAGCUCCAGUAUACUGCCUCUGCAGAAAACCAGACAUCAACUGUUUCAUGAUAGGGUGCGACAGUUGUGCUGAGUGGUUCCAUGGAGACUGUAUUGGUAUAUCAGAGAAAGCUGCUAAACCCAUACGAGUCUGGUACUGUCCUUCCUGUCGAGAGAAAGACCCAUCAUUAGAGAUUAAAUAUCGUCCUAAAAAGUCCAAGGAGAAGGAUCAAGGGCAGGAGAAACUGGAUAUUGAGGAUUUCCAUCAGCCACCUUCAAACUUGGAUAAGAGGAGGGGCUCACAGCAGAUUAAACGCUCAGCUCGUAUGUGUGGGGAGUGUGACGCGUGCCUCAGGACAGAAGACUGCGCUCAGUGUGACUUCUGCAAAGACAUGAAGAAGUUUGGAGGUCCAAACCGCAUCAGGCAGAAGUGUCGGCUGCGGCAGUGUGAAGUCAGAGCCCGGAAGAUGCUCAGAGUCAAGGAGGAGGAGGAGAUGGUUGGCCGUCCGCCUGUCAGGGGUCGGAGCCUGCAGAGGAAAGGGCAAGGGCUUCACACAGAUGAUGAAGAUGAAGAUGAAGCCUACAGCGAGAGUGAACUGGAGCUGUAUGAGCAGUAUAAGGCAGCUGGGUACAGGGAUCUGGUGUGGCACAGUGAGGAAGAGGAGGAGGGUCAGUCUCUGAAGAAGGCUGUGAAGGUCAAACAUGUGAAGAGACGAGACAAAAAAACAGAGAAGAAGAAGUUCCAGGAGUCUGUGCAUAAGGAGGAGCGCAAACAUAAGGUCAAACAGCGCCACCGUGUGAGGGUACGGCACAGUGAGCGUGGAGAGGGCGGGGCUAAAGACUGUGCUUUGGGCCUGAGACAGUGUCUGGGGCCAGGCUGUGUGGAACCAGCUCGAAACAACUCCAAAUACUGCUCCGAGGACUGUGGCAUGAAGCUCGCUGCUAACCGUAUCUAUGAGAUCCUGCCACAGAGGAUCCAGCAGUGGCAGCAGAGCCCGUGCGUUGCCGAAGAGAUGGGCCGCAGACAGCUGGAGCGGAUUCGGCGGGAGCAGCAGGCAGCACGACUUAAGCUAACGGCUAUGGAGAAGCGUUUUCAUGAACUGGAGGGAAUCAUUGCUAACGCUAAACUACAGCAGGUUCAGCAUGAUGAGGAGGUGCCAGAGGGAGAGGGGGAUGACACAGACCUCCAGAUCUUCUGUGUGUCAUGCAGUCAUCCCAUUAAUCCCAAGGUGGCGCUGCGGCACAUGGAGAGGUGCUAUGCCAAGUAUGAGAGCCAGACCUCCUUCGGUUCCAUGUAUCCAACCCGCAUCGAGGGAGCCACCAGACUGUUCUGUGAUGUGUACAACCCUCAGAGUAAAACUUACUGUAAGAGACUGCAGGUGCUGUGCCCGGAGCACUCCAGAGAUCCCAAGAUCCCAGCUGAUGAGGUGUGUGGAUGUCCUCUGGUCAAAGACGUGUUUGAGCCGACAGGAGAGUUCUGUCGAGUGUCUAAGAGGAAGUGUAAUAAGCACUACUGCUGGGAGAAACUGAGAAGAGCCGAAGUGGAUCUGGAGAGAGUCCGAGUGUGGUACAAACUGGAUGAACUGUUUGAGCAGGAGAGGAACCUCCGCACCGCCAUGACCAACAGAGCUGGCAUGUUGGCUUUAAUGCUACACCAGACAAUACAACAUGACCCCAUCACCACAGACCUCAGAACAGCUAAAGAGAGAUGAAAACAGCUCCUGAGACUGGACUAAGACCUGAUUAAACUGACUCCAGAUCAGCCAGAACCAUCAUAGCACGUAGCGAUGGAGGAAAGAACACUACACAAGACUCAUUAUUAUAGAUUGUAUUCACAUAACAUCAGAACAUUCUAGAUUAGAAUCUCUAUAGUUUGUAUCUCUGUAAUCACUAGACCUAUCCAGAUUAAACAAAAACAGGCUCAGAGUUCAACACUUUUUCUGUCAGUUUACAUAAACAAAAGGGAAAUUAUUUUUUCAGAAUAGCUUCAGAAAGUGGUGCCAUUAUUCAAUCCUAAAGGUGUGAUUGCUGUCUGUUAAAAGGACUUAAAGCCAUAUGACCAAUGGCAAUUUUGUGGAGCCGAUCUCUAAAAACAAUGAGGUUCAAUAUUUGUGUUUCAUAAUUUUGAAUGGUCCUUUCAAAAACAGUGAAUCUCCCAUAGAGAUAUAAAAGCCCAUGCCCUCCAUUUGAAAUUGUAGAAUGUGAACGAAACUUAUUAGGUCCACAGGUUACAACUGGAAAUAGACUAGAAUCUCUUAAAUCAACUGAAUAACAAUUUAAUAAUGGGAAAAACUACAAUAUUUUGUCACACUACAUUGUCAUGGUGAAAAGGUGUAUUCACCCGGACACAAAGACUAAACGUUCAGUAUUGCUCACUGCUUUGUAGGUGCACAGUUUUAUUACACACCAUUACACAGCAAUGGUUUUAAAUGUAUCAUUCCGUAACUUGUCGAUAUCCUGACUUUUUUUUCAAAUAUUGUUUGGCGAAUCAUUAUAAUUCUAAAUCAGUGUUCAACCACCAGCAAAUAAACUCAACACAAUUGUAUUAUAGGAACUACACUACCCACAAUGCACUCUGAACUAAAGCAGCUACAAUUUUGAACCAUGUUUCCACUGCACCAGUCCUUCUGUGUUUUGUUUAUAUUUUAUAUCAUGCUUUUAUUUUUAUACAGUUUUUUAAAAAUCUACCAUUUUAUUGAACUGAUGCUUCAUUAAAGAAAUAAAAUAUUGUGUAAUUGUGU